ACUGUAUAUAUGUGCGUGUGUGUAGCAUUGUAGCCAAGUGUCCAGAACCAGCAAGCGAGAGCAAAGCGCAGAGGCAAUGGACUCAUCAGUACUGGAAACCCUGGUCAUUGCCUGCGUCUUCCUCAUGCUACCAAGCGUUUUCCUAGCUCAGAACUCGCCGGCCGACUUUUUGAACGCGCACAACGACGUGAGGGGCACGGUGGGGCUGCCAUGUCUGGUUUUGAACAUCACUCUGCAGGAGUAUGCCCAGUCAUAUGCGAAUAACCGGAGUUCGGACUGCCUACUUAGGCUGUCCGGCGCUCCAGAUUACGGGGAAAACUUGUUUAUUGGUACACCGGCCAACUACAGCGCCCUGGAUGCUGUAAACGCAUGGGCUGCCGAGAGGCAGUACUACAACUACGACACCAACACAUGUAUGAUGGGGAAGGUUUGUGGGCAUUACACUCAGCUGAUCUGGAACACAACGACUAGUGUGGGGUGUGCGAGGGUGCCAUGCGUGAAUGGCUCGGUUUUCAUCACCUGCAACUAUUAUCGUGCUGGUAAUGUGAUAGGGCAGCGCCCAUAUUAGUAGCUAAGUAUGCAAUGCAUUCAUGGGGUCGAAUAAGUUGGAUGCUCUCUCUAUUUGUCUCUCUAGCUAAGUAACUGAAACUCGAUGCUCUUGGGGUCUUAA